CCGCGAGGACAUCAGCGUCAUCUGGAAGGCCAUGCACCUGUUCAUGUCGUCGCGCAUGAUCGAGGCCGAGGACAUCUGCCUGUCGGCGUGCGACCACCGCCUGUACUACUCGGUCGGGUACUCGCUCAUCCAGGCCAUCAAGUCGCUCGCGACGUUCGAGCCCGAGGACCUCGAGGCGGCCAUCCAGUGCUGCAAGGACUCGAUCACGAUCACGCAGCUCUUGCGCAAGAAGGACCACGGCCUGUUUGAGCGCGUCGGCAGCCUCGCAAAGGGCUCGACGAGCGUCCAGAGCAUCAAGAACAUGACGCUCGUCCAGCGCCACGCCGAGCUCGUCUUUGCCGAGUGCACCCUCCUCAAGGCGGUCCUCGGCAUCAUCUACUCGGGCGACUUCCUCGCGUUCCUCAAGGAGGCGCUCAACAUGCGCAACGCGUACGCCAUCUAUCGCACGCUCGCCAAGUACGUCGAGACGGCCGACCAGGAGUAUCACGGCCCGGGCGACGAGGACCCGGCCAUCGACCAGGACUUCCGCUCGGGCGUCCGCCUCGGCAACGGCAUGAUCAGCCUCAUCCUGUCGCUCCUCCCGUCGGCCGUCCUCAAGAUCAUGGAGGUGUUCGGCUUCACGGGCGACCGCGACUGGGCCUUGUCGACACUCAUGAAGGCCGGCGGGUGGAAGGCUCGGGUCGAGGAGCCCAGCAUGGACCCGGCCAAGGAGGGCAUCCGCAGGCCGAUCUGCGACAUGGUCCUCCUCAUGCACCACCUCGUCAUCGCCAACUACCUCCCCGUCGGCGGUGUCGACGUCCCGACGGCGGCCAACAUCCUCCACUACAACCUCGACCGGUACCCGACCGGCAUCUUCUUCCUGUACUUUGCCGGCCGCCUGCACUCGACCGAGACGAUGCUCGAGGACGCCAUCAAGUCGUUUCGGCUCGCGAUCCAGGCGCAGCGCGAGUACAUCCAGCUCGGGCACAUCUGCUACUGGGACCUCGGCCUCGUCUCGCUCGCGCAGGGCUCGUGGGCCAAGGGCUACGAGUGCUUCACGAUCCUCGACAAGGAGUCGAACUGGUCCAAGGCCAUCUACGCGUACGCCAAGGCGACGACCUUGUACGAGGACGGCAUCGAGGCGGCCAAGGCCAACCAGACGAUGUCGCAGGUGCCCGACCUCAUGCAGCGCAUCGCCGGCAAGUCGAUCCCGCUCGAGAAGUUUGUCGCGCGGCGGGCCCGCAAGUUUGUCGCGCAGGGCAACCGCCUCACGCUCCCCGGCAUCGAGCUCGCCUACGUCCUCAACUGCCUCGGCCUGAGCCCGCGCUUCAUCCUGUUCGAGGAGCACCUCAACCAGGUGUCACAGGUCCUCGCCGAGCUGCACGCCGUCAAGGAGCCCGAGCAGUACGGCAAGAACGGCGACGAGUACUGGGACGACUACUGCCUCGCCCACCUCCUUCGCGGCAUCAUCCUUCGCUUCAUCUCGCACCCGGAGCCGCACGUCGUCGCUCGGCCGGAAGAGUCGCCCAUCCCGAUCGACGAGGCCGACGAGCAGGCGCUCAUCUCGUUCAACAACGUCCUCAAGCACGGUCGCGACAUCUCGCACGACCACCACGUCGUCUGGUUCGCCCACUACGAGCUCGGUCGCCUGUACCAGUCCAAGGGCGACUGGGCCCUCGCGCGCGAGCAGUACGAGCUCGUCAUGAGCGGCAAGCACCUCGAGGUCAACACGGCGAAGAAGGGCAAGGGCAAGGUGUCGCUCCAGAACAUGGCCGUCUUGCGCUCGAACGCCGGGCUCCAGAUGCUCAAGGAGCAGGGUCACUGAGCGUCGGCCGGCUCUUUCUCUCUCUCCCCCUCUCACUCUUUCUUAAGGGCGAUCCUUGAGUUGUACACUUAGUCUGUGCCACCUGUAGCUCUUCCAUAGUCUGUUGCGAAUCUUGUAUACCCGGACCUGC